AUGUCCGGCUCCUCCUACUACACAACGCGACCUAUCGCGCCAUAUGGCUACCCAACAACACCAACUUCACCACUCUCAUCCUCACCAGCUUCGACUUACUACGACUCACCCUCACCACCCUACCAACAACAAUCCUACUACCCCUCGCCAUCAUACACCUACCAAUCCCCCACAACACCUCGUCCUCAAGUCCCCUUGCAAAUUCCAAUCGAAUACUGCUGCCUCAUGCCAAACUGCACCUACGCCGCCGGCCGCAAAGCCGAUCUCGAACGACACUAUCGCGCUAUGCAUCCUGCUCCAGGCAGCUCUGCUCCCAUGUACGAUUGUCUAUGGCAAGGCUGUCAUCGAAAAGGUAAUUACGGUUUUGGAAGGAAAGAUAAGAUGGUGGAUCAUAUGAGAGAAGUGCACAAGGCGGACAUUCCGAAGAGGAGUGGGAAUGGAGGGAGAAGGGAGGGUGGGAGUGGCAGUGGGGGCUAUAGGUAUACCUCGACUUACUAG